AUGGAUCUGGGAUCGGGAAAGCCCAAGCUGCCGGCUCUGCUGACGGAGCACGUCAACCUGGCCUUUCUCAACCGCCUGCCCGCCCGCUACCAGCGCCGACGCCCCCGGGCAAAGUCCAACACGACGCAUCGCGGCGAAGACAUCACGAGCCUGCAGACCUCCUUCAACUUCUGGGACGGCCUGCGCGACUUGCAGAAGCACCAAUGGCGUCUGUCCGACCUGCAAUACCUCGUCCUGGCCGCGGUGACGCUCUUCUCGCUUUACAUCGCUCCUCCGGCGCCCGCCCUGAAGCUGUUUGGCCUCAUUGGUGCCACAUGGAUUCUUUGCAUGCCUGCCACCCGCCAAUUCUUCCUUCCGUCGCUGCCCAUCUGGGUCUGGCUGCUCUACUUUUUCACUAGUCGAUUUAUCCCUACCGAGUAUCGUCCUCACAUCUGGGUUCGAAUCCUGCCCGCCCUGGAAAACGUUCUCUACGGCGCCAACCUUUCCAACAUCCUCUCGGCCCACAAGCACCCUAUUCUGGAUAUUCUGGCUUGGCUUCCCUACGGCAUCAUUCACUUUGGAGCUCCCGCAGUGUGCUCGCUCAUCAUCUUCAUCUUCUCUGCACCCGGAACCACGCCAGUCUUUGCGCGUGCCUUUGGCUGGAUGAGCAUCCUCGGCGUCACGAUUCAGCUCAUCUUCCCCUGCACGCCGCCAUGGUAUGAGAACGAACAUGGACUUGUCCCCGCCGCGUACGGCAUGCCCGGAUCGCCCGCUGGAUUGGCUCGCGUCGACGCAAUUUUCGGCAUUGAUCUGUACACCACCAACUUCACCAAUGCUCCGCUUCCCUUUGGUGCUUUCCCUUCUCUCCAUGCCGCCAACGCCGUUCUCGAAGCCCUCUUCAUGAGCCACUGCUUCCCCCAGUUCAAGUUCUUCUUUGCGGCAUACGCUGGCUGGGUCUGGUGGGCUACCAUGUACCUGAGCCACCACUACGCUAUCGAUCUGGUCACCGGUGGUCUCAUUGCGGCCGCCUUCUACUACUCCUCUCGCGCUAGGUGGUUGCCCCAGCGCCAGGCCGACAAGCUGACCCGAUGGGAGUACGAGUACGUUGAGACUGGUGAACACUACAAGGUGGCGGACGAAGAGUCGGGCCAGUACUUUAGCCUCGGUUUCAUCGACCAUCGCCGAGCCAACUCCAGUGACGGAUGGACUGUCGCCAGCAGCUCCAGCUGCAGCUCCAGCAGUGGCACUCUCAGCCCCACUGCCUCAGAAGCCUCGGUUCCAGGAAUGUUCGUCAUGGACCUGACCAGCGAUGGCCAAGCCUGGGAUGGGCAGGUUCCUCCUAGGGACGUUGACCUGAGCGAAGUCGUCGUAUCACGAUAA